AGACCAAACACAACUCUUCUACUUUAUCUCUCUCUCUCUAGAACUUUGCCUGCAUUUAAACACCCACUACUUGCUGUAGCGUGUUGAAGUCAAAAGUCGCCAUUUUUCUCUCUCUUCUCUCUCUCUCUCUCUCUCUCUCUUGCUUCAUCUUCAUUGAUGAUCAUCUAAAAUGGAAAGAACCCAUCUCGUAUCCUCUCAUCAGAUUACUCAAGGGGUUUUAUUAAAAUCUUGAUUCUUCUACUGCUUCAUCAUCUUCGUCUUCUUCUCAAACUUCUUUCCUUUUUUAACUUUUCGUAAAAAAAAAAUAUCAUUUCUUCUUCUUCUUCCUCCUCUGUUCUUGAAAUGCGUGUUCAUCGUUUGUGUGUGAUCGUCAUCUUCCUCACAGAGCUACUAUGCUUCUUCUUCUGUUCCUCCUCGGAAUCUCAGACCACCACCUUCACGUGCCAUCAACGUGACCUCGAUGCCUUGCGUGACUUCAUAGCCAAUCUCGAACCAAAACCAGAUGGUUGGAUCAAUCCUUCUUCUUCUACUGAUUGCUGUAACUGGACCGGAGUCACUUGCAAUUCAACCUCUACAAACAUCACAAGGGUUACUAAACUUGAACUCGGCAACAAAAAGCUUUCCGGGAAGCUCUCUGAAUCUCUCGGGAAGCUUGAUGAGAUUAGGGUUCUUAAUCUCUCUCUCAACUUCAUCAACGACUCAAUCCCUGUUUCGUUAUUCAACUUGGCGAAUCUACAGACUCUUGAUUUGAGCUCCAACGAUCUCUCCGGCGAAAUCCCAACAAGUAUAAAUCUCCCGGCGCUGCAAAGUCUUAAUCUUUCGUCCAACGGAUUCAACGGUUCGCUUCCUUCUCAUAUCUGCCACAACUCAACUCAAAUCAAGGUUGUGAAACUCGCCGUGAACUACUUCGCCGGAGAUUUCACUCCCGGGUUUGGGAAAUGCCUUCUCCUUGAGCAUCUCUGUCUUGGUAUGAACAAUCUCACCGGUUCUAUCCCUGAGGAUCUGUUCCGUCUCCAGAGUUUGAAUCUUUUAGGGAUUCAAGAGAAUCGUCUCUCUGGACCGUUGAGUCCUAGUAUUGGUAACCUCACUGGUCUCGUUCGUCUUGAUGUUUCUUUGAAUUUGUUUUCCGGUGAGAUCCCUGAUGUCUUCUAUCGAAUGCCUCAGUUAAAGUUUUUCUUAGGUCAGACCAAUAAGUUCACCGGAGGAAUCCCUAAAUCGUUGGCGAAUUCACCGAGUUUGAAUCUGCUUAACCUAAGGAACAACACGUUAACUGGUCCGUUGCUGUUGAAUUGUACAGCGUUGAGUUCUUUGAACUCUCUUGAUUUGGGUACUAAUAGAUUCAAUGGUUCGUUACCUGAGAAUCUUCCUGGUUGCAAGCGGUUAAAGAACGUGAACCUCGCUCGUAACGGUUUCCAUGGACAAGUACCAGAGAGUUUCAAGAACUUCCAGAGCUUAGAUUACUUCUCGUUAUCGAACUCGAGUUUGGUUAACAUCUCUUCUGCGCUUGAGAUACUUCAGCAUUGCAAGAACUUGACGACUCUUGUUCUUACUUUGAACUUUCAUGGAGAAGCUUUGCCUGACGCAACGAGUCUUCUUCAUUUCGAGAAGCUUAAGGUGUUAGUUGUAGCAAACUGCAGGCUUACCGGUUCAAUGCCGAGCUGGUUAAGCUCGAGUAAUGAUCUUCAGUUGUUGGAUCUUUCUUGGAACCGUUUAACUGGAGCUAUCCCUAGCUGGAUUGGUGAUUUCAAAGAUCUGUUCUACUUGGAUUUAUCUAACAACUCGUUUACAGGAGAGAUCCCUAGGAGUUUAACUAAGUUGCCGAGUCUCACUAGCAGAAACAUCUCGUUCAAUGAACCAUCUCCAGAUUUCCCGUUUUUCAUGAAACGAAACGAGAGCGCGAGGGCGUUGCAGUACAAUCAGAUAUUCGGGUUCCCGCCAACGAUUGAGUUAGCUCAUAACAAUCUCUCUGGGCCUAUUUGGGAGGAGUUUGGUAAUCUGAAGAAGCUGCAUGUGUUUGAUCUCAAGUGGAAUGAGUUAUCAGGAUCUAUUCCUAGCUCUCUUUCGGGUAUGGCUAGCUUGGAAGCUCUUGAUCUCUCUAACAACCGUCUUACAGGAUCCAUCCCUGCUUCUCUGCAAAGACUCUCGUUUCUGUCCAAGUUCAGCGUUGCUUUUAACAAUCUCUCGGGAGUAAUCCCUUCUGGUGGUCAGUUUCAGACGUUUCCAAACUCGAGCUUCGAGAGUAAUGAUCUAUGCGGGGAACAUAGGCUCCCCUGUUCUGGAGAUCGUAGCUCUGAGAGACCAUUGACCAAACGGUCAGGGAGAAGCAAAGGAGCUGAUAUUGGGAUGGCGGUUGGGAUCGCGCUUGGUUCUGUUUUUCUUCUUACUCUUCUCUUGUUGAUUGUGUUGCGUUCUCGUAGACGGUCAGGGGAAGUUGAUCCGGAGAUAGAAGAAUCAGAGAGCAUGACUCGGAAAGAACACGGAGAGAUGGGAUCUAAGCUUGUGGUUUUGUUUCAGAACAAUGAUAAAGAGCUCUCCUAUGAUGAUCUUUUGGACUCAACGAACAGUUUUGAUCAAGCUAACAUCAUCGGCUGUGGAGGGUUCGGUAUGGUUUACAAAGCGACUUUACCAGACGGGAAGAAAGUUGCGAUCAAGAAGUUAUCUGGAGACUGCGGUCAAAUCGAGAGAGAGUUCGAAGCAGAAGUUGAAACACUCUCGAGAGCACAACAUCCAAACCUUGUUCUACUUAAAGGGUUCUGUUUCUACAACAACGACAGGCUUCUAAUCUAUUCGUAUAUGGAAAACGGAAGCUUGGACUAUUGGCUACACGAGCGUAACGACGGUCCAGCUUUAUUGAAUUGGAGAACUCGGCUUAAGAUCGCUCAAGGCGCUGCGAAAGGGUUACUUUACUUGCAUGAAGCUUGUGAUCCUCAUAUCUUACACCGUGAUAUUAAGUCUAGCAACAUUCUUCUCGAUGAGAACUUUGACUCUCAUUUAGCGGAUUUUGGACUCGCCAGGCUGAUGAGUCCUUACGAGACGCAUGUAAGUACGGAUUUGGUUGGGACUCUAGGUUAUAUACCUCCGGAAUACGGGCAAGCCUCGGUUGCUACUUACAAAGGUGAUAUCUACAGUUUUGGGGUUGUGCUUCUCGAGCUUUUGACUGAUAAAAGACCGGUGGACAUGUGUAAGCCUAAGGGAUGUAGGGAUCUGAUCUCUUGGGUUGUUAAGAUGAAGCAUGAGAAUCGAGCAAGUGAGGUUUUUGAUCCGUUAGUUUAUAGUAGAGAGAAAGAUAAAGAGAUGUGUCGGGUUCUUGAGAUUGCUUGUUUAUGUUUAUGUGAAAACCCGAAGCAGAGACCAACGACUCAACAGUUAGUCUCUUGGCUUGAUGAUGUCUAGAAGAAUGUAAAAAAAAAAACAAUAUCUUGUAGGGAAUGGUUUUCAUACUUUUGGGAUACAAUGUAAUUAAAUAGUUUCCAGAGAAUAAAUUGUUUCUUCGUUUUUUUUUUCUUUUUCCAAUUUACUCUCAAUUUAUGAUUCAGAUUCAGACAUUGAAUAUACGAGACUUGUCUCAAUCUUUUGUA